AUGCAGAACAGCAACAGCAGCUAUCCAUCGCAGAAGCCGUACGGCGGCCGAGGCAUUGGGAAUGGCUCCAAUAUGGGGACGCCGCAUUCAACCUACUCGCAGCAGAACCCUCCCACAUCGCCGCUCGUGUUUACAGCGCAGUUUGGCGGAACUCCCCCGCAGCAGCAGGACCCCCUCUCCACUUCGCUGUACUCUGAGCCGCUGCAGAUGAACUAUAAAGCCCCGCUGGGGCGUCACAACAGCCGCACCCUCAUUGAGGUGGAGGAUAGCCCUAUCAAAGUCACUUGCCUCACCAGGGGUGGCGCGCGGUCGCCGUACAUGGCGCCGAUGCCGAGCGACAUGGCCCCCGACGCGGACCGCAGCGGCCGGCACAAUCCCUACACCUUCAGCUACUCCGGUAGCUCCAGUCCCAUGCAGGUGUCCACGCCGACACACUCGCCCCAGGGCAGCGCGUUCGAGAGCAGUGCCACCGCCUCCCGCAGGAUGCAACGCAGUGGCCAGUACGGCUGCACAGAGCCACCACAGGCAGAUGCCCGUCUCGCACAGGGUCACAGCGUGCGCCUCGACACGACGUUUGCGCUGCCACCCGAGGUGGUACAUCGCGCCUUGAAAGAUCGGUGUCGCUACAUCCAGUUCCCUGCCAAUCUUCCCGUCUUCCCUAAGGCUGGAACACUCAGCCCCAGCGCGAACAACGGCAACAACUCGAGCUCGAAUGGUAGCACCGGCAGCGGCGGCUCUGGGGAAAGCAGUCUGCCGAUUGCCCUUUUCAUUGGUCAAGUGAGAUUCGAGACGACGGCCGCGGAGCUUCUGUGGCUUGUGCAUCGCACCUGCGGGGCCUGCCCGAGCCACCUCGAGAGCCGUGGUGCGGGGUGCUACCUUCUGUACUGCAAGAGCGAGGCCGACCUGACGCUUGUUCGCAGCCUGCACAAGCGCAUUCUCUUCGACAUUGGUGGCGUAUGGCUCGCCCGUACGGCAGACGAGGUGGACUCCAUGUGUGAGUACAUCGCGCUUGACGCGCCGCUUCUCUCCAAGAAGGCUCGCCUGCCGCGCGAUUCAAUGGUGGUCGAGGAGCUAAAGGCGGACGCUAUCAACAGCGGAGGCCGUCGCGGGCACGAAAAGCGAGCCAUGAGCGACCAUAGCAUCUCUGGAAACCGGAGGGGUGGUGGCCGCGGCGCCAGUGCGCAAGGCUCUGGCGUCGACGACAUGUCGCAGACGGCGAGCGGUGAUGCCCGUCAGCAGCCUAUGCAGCAGCAGCAACAGCAACGGGAUCAAGAGGGACUCCCGACAUAUGAGGAGUCAGCUCCACCAUACCCUGGGUACCCACCUCAGUCGUUCGGCGAAUGCCCUCUCUACAAGUAG